GGCUCCGUGCACGCGGAGCGGGCGCGGGGCCUCCGCCAUCUUUGCUGCGGUCCAUGAGCGGCGUGAGAGGAGCGGGGGUGGGUCCGGUGGCUCUUAAAGUGGGCACGGCCCGGGGUGGGGCCCUCUCGGCGCGGAAUGGAGUGCGGACCGGCAGAGGAGGCCCCGGAGUGCAUCCGGCGCCAGAAGCGCCGGGAACUGGACGCGCGACGCAGCAAGUGCCGCAUCCGCAUCGGGGGGCACCUGGAGCGCUGGUGCCGCCUCAAGGAACAGCUUGGAUUCGCCCUGCAUUCCCAGUUGGCCCAGUUCCUCCUUGACAGGUACAGCUCUCAUGGCUGCGCCUGGAGCCCAGGCGAGCUGGAGCGGCUCCAACCGGCUGCACUGCAGCGCCUGGUUGUGCUGUCCCACAGCCAUGGCCAGGAGUGCGGUUUUGUGCCGGACAUCCAGCUGCCAGCACCGGGCAGUGCAGCCCCGCUGGCUUGGGAGUGCGUGGCUGGACACCGCUUCUCAUGGGGUGGCUCUGGGGUUCCCAACAGCCCCUCCCACGACCACCCGAAAGCAGCCCAGGAAUGCAGCCCCUCCCUGGGCACUGGGCGCCGGCAUUCGCUCCGUAGGGCCACAUCGGGCUCCAACGAGGCUGGAGUGGAGGGAACAGCCAGGUCACCUCAUGGUGACAGGGACUGGAGCAAGGAGCUAAGAGAUGGUGAUGACAGUGGCAGCACAGCCCCCCAGAUGCCACUUGGACCAGGGCCUGUGGCAGCAGCUGGCAAGAGUAGCGCCAUCCCUGGGGACAAUGUGGAGCCAGGAGCUGAGCCCCGAGAGGAAGAGGAGUGUGGGGACUUUGCUGAUGCUGAUGACUUGGCCUACACUGAUGACCUGCAUGAUGAGAACUACCACCCAUCCCUGGACAGUGACUCAGAGCCACAGCGACACCAGGGCCAACCCAAGGCCCACAAGAAACCAAUCAAGGAGGAGCAGCCCCUGCUCAAGCCACCCCUGCCCAGCUCUGGCCCCUUGGAGGAGAAGAGCGGACGGGUCAGUUGCCGGCGUCAGACACAGGCGAGUGACAAGGACAUGGCUCAGAUCGGCCCCAAGAGAAUCAGGAAGGCAGCAAAGCGUGAGAUCCUCCUGUGCGACUUUGAAGGCUGUGGCAAAAUCUUCUCCAACCGCCAAUACCUGAACCACCACCAGAAGUACCAGCAUGUGCACCAGAAAACCUUCACCUGCUCUGAGCCCACCUGCGGGAAAUCCUUCAACUUUAAAAAGCAUCUGAAGGAGCACGAGAAGCUGCACAGUGACAAGCGGGAUUACAUCUGUGAGUUCUGUGCACGCUCCUUCCGCACCAGCAGCAAUUUGAUCAUCCACCGACGGAUCCACACUGGGGAAAAGCCACUCCAGUGUGAGAUCUGCGGCUUCACCUGCCGCCAAAAAGCCUCCCUGAACUGGCACAUGAGGAAACAUGACGCUGACUCCUUCUACCAAUUCCCAUGCGAUGUCUGCGGGAAGAGGUUCGAAAAGCGGGACAAUGUCACCGCCCACAAGAGCAAGAGCCACCCCAGGGGGCUUGGGGGACCCCCCCAGCCCGAGGGAAUCCAGCAGCAUCCGGAGCCCCCUGGGUCGAUGGAACCUCUGGAGCUGCUUGGGAACAUCCUGGGGAGUGGGAGGGAUACAGGGACGACCCCACAGGAGUACGGCGGGGGGGAUGUUGGGCAGGAUCCAGGCAUGCCCCAAGGUGAGGGGAUGGGUGAGAGGGGGUCCUAGUGGGCUCAUCCCCCAGUUUGGGGACUGGAGCAGAAUUGGGGAUGAUGCUGGACCCUGCAGCAGCUCCAGGUGCCAAGAAUACAUGGGCAAAGCAAAACUGGGGAAAAUCCCAGGUUUUCAGCCAAAUCCCAGAUGAACUCCCAAAGUUUUCAGCCAAAUUGCUGGAGCAAAUCCUAGUUUUUCUGCCAAAUCCCAGCUUCCCCUGACCCCAGCAGUAUUGCCACAGGUGGAUCCUCAAUAAAGACUUAUUUUGGGUAAAAGUGGGAUCUGGUGUCAGAUUCUUAUGGAAAAGGUAUAGAAAAGUGAGAUGGCACAGGAAAAGAAGUUUGAGAGGGGGUGGAAACACCACACACCCAGGAACUGGGGACCCAAACUGGGAUGAGAGGGGGUGCCCAGUGGGGCUGUGCUCCAAAACUGGGAGCUCCCAGUGCUUCAAACUUUUCCUUUAAACUUUAUUUAAUUUUCAUUUAAAACUCAGAUUUAAACCAGAAUUUGAACUUACAGAUACUUGGAAGCUCUAAGUUGGGACCAUUCAGUGAAUUGCAAGUGCCCCCAAAACCCCAGCAUGUCUCUGCCUCCAUCCCCUCCUGUGCAGGAGCAGCUUCUCCUCCUCCCCCAGCACCAAAAACCCCAAAUUAUCGGGUUUUAGGGUUUUUUUGCACAGCAACUUUUAUUUCCCCACUAACAGUGACAGGGCAAAGGACACGAACAGCAGCAGGGGGGAGGGCACAAGGGGAGCGGGCAAGCGCAAGAUCACACCUAGAACACAGACCCACCCUCCCCCAGGCCCCCAAAACCCCCCAGCCUGGGUUUGGGGUGAUCCCAAAUAUCCACAUCCCCUUGCUGGGAUCCCAGGGCUCCAGGGGCUCAGAAUUUAGGGGAACAAAAUGCAGGGGAAAGUGGGGGAGAUGAGGAGGCAAAGAGCGACAUGUGGAGUUGACGGGGAGGCAAUGGGGGGACGGGGGGCUAGGAGGGAAAUGGGAGGUGAUGGGGGUAUGAGGAGAGGGAAAUGGGGGGCAAUAGGGAAUAUAGGUGGGGUGACUCAGUGACAGUAGGACAGGCUCUGCCCUUUCCCCAGGGGGGAGGGAAGGAGAUGGGAUGACUUGGAAACCAAUGGUGUCCAAACUUGGGGGGGGAAAGGGGGAACGACACCCCUCCUCUCCACACAGCAUUUUAGCGGGGAGGUGGGACACAAAGCUUUGGCUACUAUUCAAAGUAGGAUGGGAUCAGCCUCUCCCUGUUCCAUGGGGCUCCAGCUCCAAAGAAAAAUAGAAAAUGAACUACAGGGGUGUUUAACCAGCAACACGGAGGGGGUGGCCAAGUAGA